UUCGACUGAGGGCGGUAGUUCCCAGCAAAUUUCGUAGGCAUUUUGCUUCCCGAAAAUCUCUUGGCGUCAAUGGCCUCCCGUUUUCUUCCUCAAUCACCGCACGUCGACCACCUCAACGCCGAUUACCCUCUGGAAGCUGAUCUCCCCGCGCUGACGUCCUUGGACAAGACAGAGGAACCUUGUGGCCGUAAGUUGUUGUUGCGGUUUCGAAUGAAGAAAGAUACCGGUGAAGACGGUGUCGGCACCGACUCCUUAGUGUCGGCACAAGAGGCGAACUGUAAGGUAGAGUCGUUGGAGGUGGUCGUGGUACAGCCCACUCAACCACCGAGUCCUCCCAAGGCCACUCAGUUAGGGAUUGUCGUUCCAGACACACUGAAGGCAAAAGCAAAAGUAGUGACGGCAACGGCGAAGAGGAACCAAAAGAAGCGACGCUUUUCCUUUGCGCUUUCGAACGAAGAGAUCGAAGCGGAUAUUCUGGCAGUUUCCGGCGUGAAACUGAAGAGGCAACCCAGAAAGCGAUCCCAGAAAGGGUCCAAGGAGUUCGACCAUUUGUUUCCUGGUUUUGGGAUGAAGUUCUGAUCAGGUCUGUUUGGCUCUAAUGUGGUGAUGUAAUUCACGUUGCAUAAUUUCUUUUCUUGUGUUAUUUUUCGCAUUCAUCUGAAAUUCUGAUUGCCAAAAAAUAUUGUAUAUGCAU